AUGUCAGAGUCGAGCUUCGCUAACGUGCUGGUUCGCCGCUUCUUCGUGGUUCCCGCUUUUGAGAUAUAUGGCGGGGUAGCAGGCCUGUAUGAUCUUGGACCCUCUACGACGGAGUUGCGCAACAAUUUCCUGAGCAUGUGGCGCCAACACUUUGUCGUCGCUGAAGAUAUGCUCGAGAUAAUGUGCACCAAUAUUGUUCCAGAUAAGGUACUACAAGCAUCAGGGCACGUCGCCCGCUUUGCCGAUGUGAUGGUGAAGGAUACUAAAAACGGAGAGUGCUUCAGAGCAGAUAAGCUUAUAGAGAGUUAUCUAGAGAAGAAGUUGGCGGCAGAAGGCAAGUCACUUGAUGAAGACCAACAGAAAGCCCUCAAUUCUCUUUUGAACUCCGUUGACGGGGCAUCUCCCGAGGUAAUCAAGGAGCUUAUUCAAUCCAUGCAUGUCCUUUCUCCAUCAGGAAAUCCGCUCAGUGACCCCUUCCCCUUCAAUCUUAUGUUUCAGACCAACAUAGGGCCAUCUGCUGGGUCGACCGUCUAUCUAAGGCCUGAGACUGCACAAGGCAUAUUCAUGAACUUUAAGCGCGGCUUAGAACAGGCCAAGCAGCUUCCAUUUGCCAUGGCGCAGGUUGGAACAGUUUUUCGCAAUGAGAUAAGUCCACGGAACUCACUACUGAGAGUUCGUGAAUUCGAACAGUGUGAGAUUGAGCAUUUCAUAGAUGGCACACCAGACAGUUUCCGCCAUCCAAAGAUUAGUACAGUCGCCUGGUGCUACGUAGAGCUCUUUACGGCGGAUGACCAGCUAGCAGGCCUGCCCUGCGGUAAGAAAAUGUCGAUCCAGAACGCCCUCGACAACAAGGUUCUGGCGCACGAAACCAUGGCAUACUUUAUCGGUCGCACAUACCUCUUUCUACUGAAGUUGGGGCUCGAUCCUGCUCGCCUAAGGUUCAGACAACACCUUCCAAAGCAGCUUGCACACUAUGCAAGAGACUGCUGGGACUGUGACUGCCUCCUCUCGUGUGGAUGGACGGAGAUUGUCGGAAUCGCAGACCGUUCAGCCUAUGACCUCCAGGUUCACAGUAAGGCCUCAGGGGUUGACCUGACAUGUUUUCUCAAAUAUCCCGAGCCGCGUGAGGUAAGCUACAAUAUUUGCACAUUGAAGAUGAAGGAGUGCGCAAAAGUAUUCAAGCAGGACGUUAACCUUAUUCGCUCCACAAUUGAGGCCAUUCAGGGCGAGGACUUGGAGGUUUUGAAAGCAGAACUGCAAAGUACAGGCUCGUAUACACUUCGUAUUCCGGGAAAGGACGGAGAAGCUGAGAAGGACUUUGAAAUUCUUCCCAAUUAUGUGCAGUUCAACUGCGACACUAAGAUGUUGCAUGGCGAGUCUAUUGUGCCCCACGUUAUCGAGCCUUCCUUCGGGGUUGGCAGGAUCCUUUAUUCGAUUCUAGAGCAUUCCUUCUAUACACGCAAUAUAGACGAGCAGCGCACCGUCUUCCGUUUCAAACCCUAUUUAGUGGGGUGCAAAGCCAUUGUUUUACCUCUUCAGAGGAAUGAUGAUCUCCUGUCAACAAGUUCUCACGUGCUGGAGAGGCUGAGGCGUAGUGGAAUAGCAGCAAAGCAAGAUGCAACAGGGGCGCCCAUUGGUAGGCGCUACGCGCGUGCCGAUGAGAUCGGGAUACCUUUCGCCGUGACCAUCGAUUUUCAAACUUUAGAGGAUGGUAGUGUAACGAUAAGGGAGCGCGAUAGUAUGGACCAAAUUCGUGUGGGCUCAAAGCAACUCUCACAAGUGAUAGCUAAUCUCUCAUCAGGAAAGGUCCAAUGGAGCACUGUGUAUAAACAUUUCCCACGUUGCGAAGCAACCAACGCCGAGUAA